AACAAAGCCAGAAAAUGUCAAACACGUCAAACAGCCAAACAUCGGUCUCGGAAAAGUGACGCGGUUCUCAUUGAUUUUUGAAAUUUGUCGUGAAAUCGUAGAAGAUUUUCAGAAAAAUUGUAGUAAAAGACCAAAAAACAAAAAAAGUUUGUGAUUUCUUCAAUUAUUUAGGGUUUUGUAGUGCUUUGGGCAGUGGAGAUUCCUUCAAAAGUGAACGGCAUAAAAAGUUUUCUGAAUCCUCGAGCAUCAAAACAUUCUCCCGGAAAGUGCGAUGGAGAAUAACCGGAACGAAAAUACCGGAUCCGGAGAUAACGUUGACGACAGCUUGACUUCGGAAACCAUUUCCAAGCGGAUGAGUUUUGAUUACAUGAAUGCGUCUUUCGAGAUUGGUCGGAAGAAGCGCAAACUGUACGAAAUGAGCGAUAUUUCGAUGGAUGCGAAUAACAUCGACGUGGACGACAAGAAUGUGAGCCAGGACUCGUUGACCUUAUCGCAUUGCUCGAUGGCUGUACAGAGCCCCUGGGAAACUCGGCGGAUGAAGGCGGAUCUCAUUGAAGCCCGGUCAAGGAUUACAAUGCUGAAGAAGGAAAUAGAGCACCAGAACACGGAGAUGGCGACUUCGCAUUUGAAAAAUCAGCAUAAAAUAUCAUCGUUGGAAAAGGAACUGGCUCACAGUGUGAAAAAGGUAUCCGAUCUUGAAAAGCAUCUUUCGGCGGUGCGUAAACGUGAACAAUCGGCUAAGGAAGAGUUGGUCAAAACCAAAAAUCAGUUCAACAUCCUAAAGCAAUCCAGUGACGAUCAGUUGUACGAGCUGCGACGGUCCCUCAAGGAUCUAGAGCAGAAGUAUGACUUUGAAACCGGCGAGCUCCAUUCGGAGAUACGAGAUUUGAACAACCAAAUGCUGGACAUUGAAGAUCAGCUCUCCAUGGUUCAGGAUGAGCUAGAAAGCUACAAGGAGUUGAGUGAAACCCUGCAAUUUAAGGCAAAUUCAUUUGAUGCCACUAAGAAAGAGUUAGAAGAGGUUCAGGAAAGGCUUUCUGAAUCUGAAUCCAAGAUAAAAUCGUUGGAGUAUGAAAUCGGAAGUUAUGAGGAUUGGAAAAAUUUGUCUAAGGUGAGUACUUCUCGGUUGGCUAACUACGCUGAACUUGAGAAGGAGAACAUUCGGUUGAAAGAGGAAUCGAAAAAUUUACACUCUAUAAUCGGAAACAAAAUGUUGCUGGAGGAGCAAGUGGCUAGCUUGAAGAGCCGUUUGGAAAACUUCGAAAAGAGUGAAGUUGAUUGUGCUGCAUUAAUCGUAAAAGUUAAAGACAUGGAGAAGGAACUAACGGACUGGCGAAAGCUGGCAGUGGAUUUCUGUUCGAAAGAGUCGGCUUGUACGCCUGUAGUUUUGCGAUCUCUCAUCGAUCAAAUCUUGCAAAAAGAUGUUAUUAUGACGAGCGAGAAAACGUCCGUGAAAAACGAAAAGCAUCAGAUUCAAACGAUGAUUGAUGAGAUCAAGGCGGAGAACGUUCAACUCCAGAAGCAACUCGAAGACCACAAGCGUUCGCUGAAACAUCAUCAAGCAAUAUUGCAUCGGGUGCAGAAGAAGCUACAUCUGGUGGUAGGCGAGCGGGAUUGUUGGAAGCAACUGCUAGACAGCUACGAGAAAGAUUUGACAAUCAAUCCAACAAAUGUAAGCAAUCAGGAAGCCCAAAUGCGAAUCAGAAUUGAAAUGUUAGAAAAACAGUUGAAUGGCUAUAAAGAGUUGAACAGCAAACUCGAAGGAGAACUACAGUCGGCCAAAUCGUUGCCCGAUAUGAGCAUGGAUUCAGCGUUGACUAGUGAACAGUAUGAGAAGCUUCGCAAAGAAAUUGACACUCUCCGGAUGGAGAACGAUAGGUUGAAAAAGCGCAAAGACGACUUGGAGUUGGAACUUGAAAACUUUACACUGAGAGCCGAGCUAAAUCGCGAUCGCUUCAAGGUUGUGCAGUAUACGGACAGUCCAGCCAAUGAAGCCUACGAAGCACACCGAAAUGAAAUCGAGAAGCUGCAAGCGGAAAUUGAACGAUUGAAGAUACGUAAUCGGCGUCUUGAGGAAGGCAACGAAGAGCUUACGAUGAGAUUGAACGAUAGCAACAUGACGAUGAACGUUAUGGAACUCAACAAUUUGAAAGCGCAAGUUCAAUCAUUGGAAGCUAAAAACCAACACAUCAAAGAGAUCUACAAAUCUGCGAGCAAUGAGUUCCGUGAGGUGUGCUACAUGCUGUUUGGGUAUCGAGUGGAUCGAGUUGGAAAUACCAACUAUCGGAUUUCUAGCAUGUACGCCGAGAGUGAAGAGGAGUACCUUAACUUCCGACUGAACGAGUCGGGAACCGUUCUCAAUAUGCUAGAAACAGCUUAUAGUGAAUCGAUAACGGACAUGGUGCAGACCCACCUCGGAACCCACGGUUCGCUGCCGGCGUUCCUUAGUACACUGACGCUGGAUUUGUUCAAUCGAACAACGGUAAUGGUACAAGGUUGAGAUGCCCUAUGCUAGAUCAACUCUACUUAUAUACAUGAGGAAGUUUGAUUUAAAUAUUUCUUUGCAUAUGGAGUGAAUGUCACUAUUCAUUAUAACUAUAAUUGAAUUAUAAUAAUUUGAAAAUAAUAUUGAAUACAGUAUCACUGCUAUAACUGUCCUCAGUAGUGGUAACUUCAAUAAAAUAUCUAGCUUAUGCUGAGAA